AUGGAAAAGAAUAUGGGAUUUGCUGAAGCAACAGAUGCUUCCAUCAUGCACGGGCUUAGCUCUGACGAAUCAUUCUGUGCUGAAAUGGAGACAGACGAUUUUGUUGAAUCUGCAAAUCCAAGCGAUGAGAUUCAGUGCUUCACGUCAGAGAGGGGCGAGGGGAGUAAUGUGGUGUUCUCAAGAGAAGUGCCACUUGUGAGUAAAGAGUCGAGGAAGUCACGCCAUUGUAGUUGUAGCUCGAAGAAGCUCAAGUCUCGUAUGUCAGGGGCUGAGUCCGACUUUGACAAGAAGGAUAGUGUUGGAAGUGAGAAGAAACUUAGCCGACAGGAUAGAAUCGAGUGGGGCCGAUUGUUUCAAGGUGCGGUUAGUUCUCAUGAUUGGGAGCUAGCAGAGAGCCUGAUAUUGUUAGCGGAUCCACAAACCCUUAACGAUGCUCUGUGCAUCACCCUUGAUUCUAUUUGGUUCUUGAGCACCCAACAAGAGCUUCAUGGGAUCACGUGUUUGAUCAAGAAGAUCAUAGCUAAUGGUGCUUAUGAUUUCACUAGAGCUGCUUUGAGAACCUCGUUUCUUGCUUCUUGUGUAUCGGCUUGCCAGAGCAGAACUAUGAGUCUUGCUGACACAGUAACCGUCAUGGCACAAAGGCUGCACGAGCGUCUCCAGGAAUGCAAUGGGGACGAGGUUCUGAAGGCAGAAGCUGGUGCAAAGGUUCAAAAGUUUACUGAAUGGGCUCUGAAAUGUAUUGGUUUCCAUUCUCGUUGUCAGGGAAAUAGGGGUAAAGUUAAUCACAGCUCAGCUGUCGAGAUUCAGCUCCAGUUAUCAGCAUUCAAGAUAUUUCUUGAUCUUGCUGGCAACCAGCUCACGGGCAAAGAUUUUACGGAGGCCUUUGAUGCUGCCUGUUUUCCUCUUACUUUGUUCUCGAGUUCGUUUGAUCCGGGCUGGGCAUCUGGGAUCUCAGCUACUGCAAUCCAAGGGCUGUUGGGGAUGUUAGUUGAAGGCGGUGCUGACAAUGUUAACCAGUGUUUCCUGGAAGCCUCCCGUUUUGGGAGUACAGAACUUGUCCGUAUCUUGUUGCAGAUUGCCCAGAGGAACAGCUUGGACGUAGACGUGGACCUAGCCCUUGGCUUUGCUGCCCACUACGGAAAAAUUGGCACGAUGGAGUGCCUUGUCGAAGAAGGCAAUGCCAUAGCCUUCCUGGGCCCGUUGAUGAGAGCAGCAGAGAGAGGCUGCAUGCAGGUCGUCCAGUGGUUUGUAGAUCGAGGCUGCCGCGACAUGGAGCUCUGCCUCGCCCUCACUGCUGCCACGUCCAGCUGUCAGGUCGACGUCGCAAAGUACCUCCUCCCUCAUGUUCCCCAGCACGUACUCGCUGCCCUCAGCAUCGAGAUCUUAAAAGCUGCUGGCGAGAGGAGCGGCGGGUCCCUUGAUGGCGUCGCUUUCCUCCUCCGGUCCGACUUCCUGGGCGACCCUGCCGCCACCUACGCUGUUGCGGACAGCAUCGCCAGGUCAUCGGAGGAUGAGGCAGUGGCCCCCGAUCUCAAGUCCUUCCUCCUCGAGAACUGGUCCGAGGCAGCUUACUCCGAUGGAUUGAAGCAAGGAAGAGAACAUUACAUGAAUCUGCUGAGGAUCUUGGACCGGGGCGCCUCCCCCAUAUGCUUGAGAGACCUCCCCGGCCCUCUUAGAGUCGCAAUCGGCUACCUCCCUCUGUACAGGGAGUGCGUGGAAGCCGGUGGAUGUUUGUUCUCUCAGCGGCUGAGAGGGCAGCUCGUCGAAGCAGCUAGUAGGCUCGGGGGAGUGUCGUUGGUGGAGGUGGGUCAGGGGAGAGAGCUGUUAGCGGUUUUGGAGCGCCACCUCCCUCCGUUUUUGGUGAACGUCAAUGCGGGGUAG